CCACCACCUCGGUUCCCAGCUUUGCAGAAGCUGGGGGAACUGAGAGCAAGAAAGGAGGGAGGCUGGUGGCAGGAUGGGGACCCCUGGCUGGAGCUGUGGUCUCAGUGGGAAGGGGAAGGGAAGGGCCUAAGCUAAGAAAAGACCUGCCCUCCUCUUUCCCAUCCAUUCAUUCAUUCAUUCAUUUCUGCAAAGAUAGGCCUACCAAGAGGUGAGAAACCCAGGCCACACACUGCAGGAGCUGCGGUCUUCCAGAGCAGUGUUGGAAUGCACGAGUUGGCUGACCUUGUUUUUUUAAUUUUUUGAGACAGGGUCUCGCUAUGCAGCUGAGGCUGUCCUUGAACUACAUAGCCCAGGCUGGCCUCGAACUCGAGGCAAUCCUCCUGCCUCAGCCUCCCGAGCGCUGGGAUCACAGGCGUGCGCCACCACUCCCGGCUUGCCUUGGCCUUAGAGAAAUGGGUAAAGGUAGAAGGGGACUGGGACCACAAAGGAAAAUUUGCAGCAGAGAGAACCUCUCUUUAGAUCUUCUCUGAGACCCGAGUCCUGGCUUUGGUUCUGUGAGUUUCCCCCCAAACUCCUUGCUAGCCUGCCACGCUCGCUCACAUCUACACUUUCCCCUGCAGCCAGUGAAUGGCCUUGCCCCUUGCCUGUUCCUGGUGCGUGUGGGCACCCAUUCUCAUAGGCACACAGCUCAAUGGCCAAGGGCGUUGGCUCUGGAGCUACUGACACCCAGCUUCCAACUCCACUCCGACCUCUUCCACAAGCCUCUUACUAUCUCCAGCCUCAGGAUGCCCAUCUGUGGGAUGGGGACAACCCUGCUGGUACCUGCUUCAUAAGGCUGUGAUCACACAGUGGGAACACAGCUCAGGGGCGGGCACUUACCGCCCUACCAUGUGAAAGGCAUUGGGUUCAAUCUUCAAUAUCGCAAAAACUAAUGAAAAAUGUAUCUGAAGCCUGGCGCGGGGUAAGAGUGCAGCCAAUGCGCGUGCCUGUGGUCGUGACUGCUUCUCCUACAGUUAUCUACCGGAGAGCAAGGAGCGCUCCAGACUGGCAGGGCCUCAGGAGGGGAGGAGGACCCCGGAGCCCCUCUGCCUGAUGGUUCUGUACCCCUGAGUGGCACGGAGGAGCGAGACCCCCCGGCCUGCAGCCCCUCCUCCACCCCACCACUUCCUCUCUGGCACAGGGCACCUGGCCAGGCCCCGCGGGCUCUGGAUACAUUCAGAAAGCGCUAUCAAUGAAUCUCACAGCUGCAGAGGGUGCCAUUAGAGGGGCUGGAGGCAGGAAAGGUUGGCCUCUACCGUAUUUCUCCUCAUAGCAGGCUCUAGGAGGAGGCCCAUAUGAAGCCUCCAGUGUCUGAAGCGGUCCAGGGAAGAUGCGUUUUCUUCUUUCUAGGACUGCAUCAGAAUGAAGGUUUAGAGAUCACCUGGAUGGCAGGGAAAAGACAAGAAUGAGCUGGGCGAGCUGAGUGUGCGGCUCAGUGGGAGAUGGUGUGCUUAGUGCGUAUAAGGCUUGGGGUUCAAUUAAGUCAGCCAUAGUGACACCACCUGUAAUCCCAGCACUCUGGGAGGCCAAGGCAGGAGGAUCUCAAGUUCAAGCCCAGCCUGAGAAACUUACAAGAUCCUGUAUCAAAAUAAAAAAUAAAAAAGGAGCAGCCUGACACAGAAGCAGGCAGAGAGCCCGAAUUCUUGCUACUCAAAGUGUAGGCUGACUACCAGGAAGCUCAGGCAUCACCUGGGAACCUAUAAAAAUGCAGAUUCUCGGGCCGCACCUCAGAUUUCCUGAAGAGGGGCCCGCAUUUUGUUCUGCUGUUCGGUGUUGGGAAUCCAACAGGGCCUCGUGUAGACUCAGCAAGCGCCGUCUUACUGAACUGUGCCCCACGCCCCUGGAGCUACAUUUCCACAAGCUCCUCGGGCCAUCUUGUCCAAGAUGAGGCUAGAGUCAUCUUGUGAGUGCGCGAUUUCAGGAAGCAACACACACACCUCUCCUUUGGGACAGUGGAAUUGGCGGCUCUUCUCAGUCAGCCUGGGGAGAGAGCUACGGGGAGGGUUUCAGUGAGACAGGACAGGCGAAGGCACGUGAGGCACACAUGUCCUCCCGAGGGAGGGAGCAGGCCUCGAUGGAAGCUCAGCUCCUGACCUUUGCUUGGCUCUAGUUCCUGGCACCAGCAGGGCCUGAGAUGUUAAGUUCCUGGCAGGCCGGGCUCCCAGGCAACAGUCUGAGUAAUCCUGUGAUUACUCAGCUCCCUCUCUCUGGCUGGGUUCCCAGCAUUUGCGGCCCGGCUGGCUCACAGGGGUAAGUCUCCCAGGGAAGGGACCGGGUGUUCUCAGCUCUGCAGCGGGGCCCUGCCCUCCUCCCCAGCCCCUCCUCCACAAGUCACACACUCACAGGCACCGGUACUUUCUCUUUGAGGUUUGGGGUGAUGACAGUCAAGGGGGUGCAGGUGGCACGGAAGGAGGGAGCAGUAGAACAAGUGGCCUGAGAGUGCUGGGGAAUGGGCACCGGGCCAAGACACAAGCACGGGCUGUCCCGUGUUUCUGUGGCUGUCUCUGCACCUCCAGGUCUGCUGGCUGUCUCCCACCCCUAACCUUGAAGCCUCUCCACCUCAGAGAGGGUAGAGCAGUGAUGGCGAAGCCUUGAGAGGUCUCAGUGACACAAACAGCCUGCUGCGGCACGGCAUGAGUGUCAGAGGUUCGCCGCCCCUGGGCCUCAGGCCCUGACCCUCAGAGCCGCUGACUCUGCAUGCCUGCCUCGCGCCAUAUCUCCGCCUCGAGCUGUGGCCGGGGACAGUGGUGGAGGGCUUGGCCCGGUGUCUGGGGUGUGGGCCUCUGGUAUCCCCCAAGUACAGGUAUUCCUGAAGGGGUCUUCGGCUGGCCACAUCUUCCUACGAGUAGGGCAGAGCCAUGGUGAUACUGUGGUAAGGUUCUGAGGGCCAGGACAAGCAGCGGGUCAGGUACGGGGCAGGGAGAGGUGUGUGGGGUCAGCCAUGUGGUCAGUGCACACACGCACGCGGAUGUGGCUCUUGGAGAAGGGAAGAGGCAGGGAGGCCUGUGGUUCGCUGCUGGCUCAGAGCCUGAGUUCCCACCGUGGCUUGGCCUAAUCUCUCUCCUGCUUGCUUUUUCGGGUGACCCAUGUUGGUUUCCCCCCUCUCUGGUCUUAGGCCCACUGCAGAGAGCGAUACCACAGUUUUGGGGCGGGUGCCAGGCUGGGGCAGAAUCUGUGGGGCCCCCGGGCAGCCCACCAGGCCCGCAGGCUCCUCUGCUGUGCCUCAGUCAGCAGUAACUGGCACAUGCAGCGCGCGGCCCUCCACGGUGACGUCACGUGACCACUCUGCUACCUACGGUCCCCCGGGCAGGCGGCGGUAUUUUUAUCCUCACCUCAUUGCCAAGGGAACUGAGGCCCGGGCAGAAUGUGGGAGGCAAGCAGUGCCAGGGCCCGCACACACUCCGCCUCUCUUCCAGCACCAGGCCCCCUCUGCGCUCCUCCCAUCUUUGCAUUGAAAUCUGCUCGUACUUCCUGGGAAGAAUCUGAAAGGCUCGCUUGCCACCUGGUCCUGAGCACAAAUUGAAGUGAUCCCUUGCAAAAUCUGUGGGGACAAGUCAUCUGGGAUCCACUACGGGGUUAUCACCUGUGAGGGGUGCAAGGGCUUCUUCCGCCGGAGCCAGCAGUGUAAUGUGGCCUACUCCUGCACGCGGCAGCAGAACUGCCCCAUCGACCGCACCAGCCGCAACCGAUGCCAGCACUGCCGCCUGCAGAAAUGCCUGGCACUGGGCAUGUCCCGAGACGCUGUCAAGUUCGGCCGCAUGUCCAAGAAGCAGAGGGACAGCCUGCACGCGGAGGUGCAGAAGCAACUACAGCAGCAGCAGCUGCAGUUGCAACGGGAGCAAGCAGCCAAGACCCCUCCCGCAAGGGCCCACGGAGCAGACGCCCUCACCUACACCUUGGGGCUCCCUGACGGGCAGCUGCCCCUGGGCUCCUCGCCUGACCUGCCCGAGGCCUCUGCCUGUCCCCCUGGCCUCCUGAGGGCCUCAGGCUCUGGGCUAUCCUAUUCAAACACCUCGGCCAAAGCAGAGCUCAGCGGGCCCCCCUGCCACCUCAAGUACAGCCCCGAGCAGGGCAAGGCAGAGGGGGCAGAGAGAGCCUGCGGCGAGGGCAGCCAGCUUGCCCCUGGCAGGUGUGGACUUCAUUUUGGGGGACCCAGGCAUCCUGGGCUUGGGCAACCAGGACAGGGCCCGGACAAUUACUGCAGCCCCAGUUUCUGCAGCAGCCCAGAGGCACCAUACGCCUGCCUGAAAGAGACUGAGCACCUGGUGCAGAACGUUUGCAAGUCCUACAGAGAGACCUGUCAGCUGCGACUGGAGGACCUGCUUCGGCAGCGCACCAACCUCUUCUCCCGAGAGGAGGUGACCAGCUACCAGAGGAAGGCGGGGCCCUACGGAGAGUACAGGGGUGCCCUUCCCCCGCAGUCCGAGUGGGAGAUGUGGGAGCGCUGCGCCCACCGCCUCACCGAGGCUAUCCAGCACGUGGUGGAGUUUGCUAAGCGGCUCUCUGGCUUCAUGGAGCUCUGCCAGAACGACCAGAUCAUCCUACUGAAAGCAGGAGCGAUGGAAGUUGUGCUGGUGAGGAUGUGCCGCGCCUACAACGCCGACAACCACACAGUCUUUUUUGAAGGCAAAUACGGUGGCGUGGAGCUGUUCCGAGCUUUGGGCUGCAGCGAGCUCAUCGGCUCCAUCUUUGAUUUCUCCCACUCCCUGAGUGCCUUACGCCUUUCCGAGGACGAGAUCGCCCUGUACACGGCCCUUGUUCUCAUCAACGCCAACCGGCCAGGGCUCCAGGAGAAAAGGAAAGUAGAACAGCUGCAGUGCAGUCUGGAGCUGGCCUUUCAUCAUCAUCUCUGCAGGACUCAUCGCCAAGGCAUCCUGGCAAGGCUGCCACCCAAGGGGAAGCUUCGGAGCCUGUGCAGCCAGCACGUAGAGAAGCUGCAAGUCUUCCAGCACCUCCACCCCAUUGUGGUCCAAGCCGCCUUCCCACCGCUCUACAAGGAACUCUUCAGCACUGAAACCGAGUCCCCCGAGGGGCUGUCCGAGUGACCUGGAGGGGGAUGCUUUUUCUCUCCCUUUGGCCUGGCUGUCGGGCCCACCUUCCAGGACCCUUCUCCACCCUCAGCCCAUCCUUGUGCCUGCCCCACACCCUUUACAGGGGAGAUGGCAGCUGAGCAAAUGCUGAGACAGUUCUCUGCCCCCAGACUUGCCUAGCAGGGGACAAUAGCCUUGUUCGGGCUCCUUCCCCACAGCCUUCACCCCGGCUUCUGGAAGGGUGGAGUGGGUGGGAUAUAAAGACCUCUAGGGGGACCAAGGUGUCCUCAAGAAAGGGAGAAUCCAGCGCAGCCUGGAUGAAGAGAUCUCAACUCUGGGCUCGGAAGCUAAGAAGAGGCCUUCGAAAUACCUCAUUGUACUUCCCCAGCGCUUCCGCUGGGGAGGUGGAUCAAGCUCAGAGACUAGUGUGAGACCCCGGAAGGACGUGUACACAACAUGAAACUGGAUCCUUA